UUUACACACGGGGUAGCUGAGUUGGAGAGGAUCAUGGCGGAGCGCAGGAGGCACAAGAAGCGGAUCCAGGAGGUGAGCGAGCCCACCAAGGAGGAGAAGGCGGUGGCCAAGUACCUUCGGUUUAAUUGCCCCACCAAGUCCACCAACAUGAUGGGUCACCGAGUCGACUACUUCAUUGCCUCCAAGGCCGUGGACUGCCUGCUGGACUCCAAAUGGGCCAAAGCCAAGAAGGGAGAGGAGGCGCUGUUCACCACCAGGGAGUCAGUGGUAGAUUACUGCAACAGACUCUUAAAGAAGCAAUUCUUCCACCGAGCUCUUAAGGUGAUGAAGAAGAAGCCAGAGAAAGAUGCUAAGAAAGAGAAGGAGAAAGAGAAAAUCAAGAGUGACAGCAGCAAAGAGGAGGAGAAAAAAGGGAAGAAGGAGAAAGAGAAGAAGAAAGAGUCUGAAGUUGCUGAAAUCAAGAAAGAGAAAAGUGAUGAAAGCCCAGGGAGCCCAAAGAAGAAGAAAGAAGUGAAGAAGAAGUUUAAACUGGAGCCUCAUGAGGAUCAACUGUUCCUGGAUGGGAAUGAGGUGUACGUGUGGAUUUACGACCCGGUUCAUUUCAAAACGUUUGCGAUGGGUUUGAUCCUCGUUAUUGCAGUGAUUGCAGCCACUCUGUUCCCGCUGUGGCCUGCAGAAAUGCGUGUUGGAGUUUACUAUCUGAGUGUUGCAGCUGGCUGCUUUGUGGCCAGCAUCCUGCUUCUAGCAGUUGCUCGCUGCAUCCUCUUCCUGAUUAUCUGGCUGGUGACCGGCGGACGCCAUCACUUCUGGUUCCUGCCCAACCUGACCGCAGACGUGGGCUUCAUCGACUCGUUCAGGCCGCUCUACACGCACGAAUACAAAGGGCCGCGAAGCAGCGGCAAGAAGGGCUCCGAUAAGACUGACGAGAAGGACGGCGCCGCCUCCCUCAAGGCGCAGAAGUCCGACAGCGACGAGAAGUCGGACAGCGAGAAGAAGGACGCCGACGACGAGGAAGAGGACGAAGACGAGGAGAGCAAAGAGGCGAAGGGAGACGCAACGGAAGACCGCCACUCGGAUACGGACAGCGACCGCCGGGAGGACGAAGGCUCGCAGCACAGCAACGGAAACGACUUUGAAAUGAUCACCAGGGAGGAGCUGGAGCAGCACACAGAGGAGGAAGAGGAGGAGGAGGAAGAAAACGAGGAAGAAGGAGAGGAGGAAGACGAGGAGACGCACGAGAGGAAAGAGGGUAGCGAGAGUAAAGUCCAGACUGCUGAGACAUAAACUUCCUGUUCCAUCACUCUCGUUUCCUCCCUCCCUCCCUGCUGUGAUCCCAGGACCUGCUCGUCCGGCCUCUCUGGCAGCACAGAGGCUCCGUCUCAUGUUGUUGAGAUCUUCCUUCCACUAAACAGAACCGGGAAAGACACAUCGCUCACAGUUUACGGCCAUGAUGAUGGGAAAAAUGUUUAAAAAAAACAAAAAAGAAGAAGAAGAAGCCUUACGGUGGAAAUGAUUCCUUUCCAAUUAAAUGUUAUUUAUGUUAAAAUGAAACUGCUGUUUGCCUGAGGAACCUACCAGUCCAAAACACCGCCUGCCAGGGUCUGGGCAUCAUUUGGAGAACAAGAGGUCCGAUCUGGAUGAUGGUGGGAAGUCGUGUUUGACCGGUCAGGAAGUGCCAAACUUCCUGACCGGUCAUCUGGUGAGUCCGGUAGAUUCCUCAGGCAGAAGGACGAUCGUUGUGCCAGCUGUUCAUCCUGAGCUCAGCCAGUCGGACCAAAUCCACAAAACCACAGAGGCAGAUUAGUGCGGGUCUCUGCAGAUUCAUCUCAAUUCAUUAAUUUAUUCACUAAUUCAAUUCAGAGAGGAAAACUUUGUGUUACAUAGAUUCAUUGCACAUGUUCAGAUAUUGUACUUGUUUAUUUUGAUGAUUAUAUCUUACAGCUAAUAGCCACAUCAGCAGGCCAGUCCUUUUCCUUCUUCUAUCCUUGUGGCUUGUGCAGUUUUUGUCAUCAGGGUACUUUUUUCUUCCACCUAACUUUCUCUUGAAGCACUAAUUCUUGCUUCUCCACAUCUCUUUUUUUUUGCUCCGUUUUAGUUCCACUCAACUUUCAAUGAAUUCAUUUCAUUCAAAUCAGUUCCUUUUUAUUUUAUUACAUUUUUUUCAUUAGCUGUAAGUCUUAGUCACCAUGUGGACAAAAAUAAACUUUUGAAACAUUUCACCGUGUAAUAAAUCUUAAGUUUCCCUUUUUGAACUGAAAUACUUUUUAACUCUAAUCGAUUGAGAUGCAUCUGUUUUCUUUUUUUUUUUUUUUUUUUUAAUCAUCAUAGUGCAGUUGCCCUCUCAGUGUAAAAUAUUUCUUCAUGUAAUUUAUCUUUACAAGUACAUUUAAGCUACUGGAGAAAGCUGGCAUGCUAAAUAUUUUUUUACAUUUUGUUAAUACUGCAGAAUUUGCUGGUAAAUAAACUCUAUGAGAGCUAAAGUUGGGAUCAAAACCAGAUCUAAAGUGAACUCUAGUGCCAAACACACCAAAUAACUAAAGUGAUGCACGAUUAAACUCCAGUUCUGUUUUAUUAAACCAUUUAUUUUGUAACUGCAGUGUCAAAAAGCACAGCACAAAGUUGUUAGCAUGCAGGUAUACAGAGAGGAUUCUGGUCUCAAUGAAACCGUUAAAACUGCGUUCACACCAGACUCACUCAUAGGAGUCGUUUCUAGACUUGCACAACCAAUCAGUGGGCUUAUUUUUUGAGUCCAGAUCCGCUCACUGAUUGGCUGAGGUCCAGUCACUGAGGUCCAAGCUGUUCUUUCACUUUUCUUUGGGUUAGAUGCUCUUUUUAGGCAUAGCAAGGAUUAUAUUUAAGUAUAAAACAGAAAUGUAUCAUUUAUAUAUGGAUUCUAUUAAUGUAUCAGAUAUAUGCAUAUAGUACUCAAAGUCUAAACCUAUAAAACAACUUCUUUUCAUUUGUUCUGUCAUUGUUUUUAUCUAAAUCAUAGAGAAUAACUUUUAAAAGGUAGAAUCUGGGAAUCAUUGGAUUGCAGCAUUAUUACCAUUAUUAUUUUUUAUUAGAUUUGCCGCUAUGUCAAAGUGUGUGAUGUGGUUGGUUGUGAGUUACCAGGUCUAUUUUUCUCCCUCUAACAAAGAAACCUGAAGUUCCCUGUAACACAAACUGAUUAAAAGGUUUAACAUCAACAGAGCUUUCUGUAUGUUGUCUAGUCUGUUUAGUUUUUUUUUUCCUUAACGUAGUCCUAACGAGGUGCUGCUUUCUGAUUUUCUAAUUUGCAUGUCGUCCUGUUUAUCAUUCUGUUUCCAUCCUUUUUUAUAAUUUUUCCUUUCUUUUUUUGUUUUAAAACGGGCAAAAGUGCAUCUGUAUGCGGAGAUGCCAGCAGCUCAACUCUGAUUCUUCACACAAAAACAAAACGAUUCUCCCAGCUGUUCUUGACUGUUGCAAACUAUCGGUCUGUUGUGUAUCGUAGUAUUACCCUAUGCUGCUGCUUCUCGUCGCACAUUUCCGGAGAAAACUCAACGAAAAAUGUUUAAAAAAAAAAAAAAACUUCCACAUUUUAUCUCUGGUGUCUUUUUCUUUUUUUUACCACCGUGUCGAUAUCACUCUCAAGACUGUCUUCUAAGAUAUCGAAGUGUAAUUUACUGAAAUUGGAUGUCUGGAUUAUAUCUGUAUGUUAUUGCAAUAAAAACCUAGAAAGCA